CGGUAAUCGUUAUUAAAAAAUAGUUAAUGUUAACGGCCUACCAACAAAGAUAAUAGUAACAAGAGAAAUGGUUAACAAACGAAAUUUUUUAUCGAAAGAAAAGUUACACGCAAUGUUUAUCCAAUGAAUAUAAAUUAAGCUAUUUAACGAGGCAAUAAACUCUCUUAUUGGAAAAAAACCCAUUGAUCUUAAAUUUCGAAAUAAAGGUAUUUCGAAGAACGAAAACGAAAUCGAUUAUUAAACCUAGUUAAAACUGUUUUAGUUUUGGUUAAACAACGCGGAUUUAUUGAAUUAAUUUUGGUCUGCUCAUCAUUAGCCUUUAGGUGAGGACAAUACAAGAAAAAAUCCUAUUUAAACUUUAACUUUGAGAGAAAGCUGUAUGAUUCAUAUGAAAUGGGGCUGCAUCUUUAUUUAGUAGCAAAUUCAGUAGCCUAUAUACUUCGAAAAUUAAGGCUUUGAAGCGAAAAAUUAAAUUAAACCACGGGCACAAUCACCUCUUCUGCCGUUCCGUGCGUGGUCACAGUGCAUUUAUUUACUUUUACUGUUGUAAGUGACUAAUCACCAAUGAUAAUGACUACAGUUACUUUGAGUUAUUAGACACACACAAUGAGUUGGAAUUAGUAAUAGCCGACGUAGUAAAGUUACAAACUAAAAAAAUCAUGUGUCAAUCAUUCAACUUUUGGCAAUCCUCCGAAGUCCGGUCCCAAAUUAUUUCCAAUGAUUACUCUUUACUUAAAAGUCUUAGACAUCAUGUUGUUUUGAAAUUCAUGGUUGCGGCUGUGAACGAUGUUCAAUGGAGCUUGUCGGCCGUCGAGAUGCACAAACACUCGAGUGCAUUAUCACUAAUCAUAUGUUACCAAGGACAACUAUCGUCACGGACGCUUUGGCGAGGAUAUCAAAAUGUCGGUCAGUUCAACAACGGGAUUUAUGCACCAACUGUCAUGUGCACAGGCGUGAAUUUGUUGAUCCAGUAGACCAGGACAUUCACACAGAAAAUAUUGAAGGACUUUGGAUGCAAGCGAAACGAAAACUCAGAUAUCAGAGUGGUGCUAGUAGCGGUCUGUUUGCCAGCUACUUGGGGGCCUUUCAGUUGCGCAACAGUCACAAGCAGAAAGUUUUCGGCUGGUAUUUUCAAAUGCUAUGCGCCAAUUACAAUAUUUAGUAUUUGCUGACUGGUUUGUAAAGUGACAGUUAUUUGCAAAAGCUAUGACUGACAUUUCUGCUGUUUUCUAACAAUAAACUCUGUGUAUUGCAUUUUUUUCAUUCACAAUAAUUUGGGGCCGGACUUCGGAGGAUUGCCCAACUUUUAAUUCUAACCACUCAUUCAAUUCAUUCAUCAACCAGUCUACCAGGUCCACAUAUUCAAUCAUUGUCUAUUUAUAAUACUAAUACAGUUUAGGCUAUACAGAAUAGUCUUGUGACUUGGUCUAUACUAGUAAAGAAAAACUGAGACCCAUGGCCAUGGUGUCUUAGUGUUACUAGUGUAAAUUUGGCUGAUAUUAAGGAGGGAUGCCACGGCGUCUUUUGUGUGAUUAUUAUAGUUGCAGUGAAUUAGGGUUUAGGUUAGGUUGAGGGAUCGAUUUAGGGUUCAGGUUAGGCAUAGGGAUCGAUUUAGGGAUACAUUUGUGAAAUUCAAUAAAAAUGUGGCAUUCAUCCUUAAAAUUUACCGUAAAUUUUUUUUAAGCAAUGAUAAUAAUAAUAUGAUAUCAUGUAUAAUGUAUGGGAAUGCCAAUGAAUGAUUGAUUGAAUUGGAAUUGAACAACACAGCACAUUGCAAAGCUUUGCAGUAUUAAUUUCUUCCCAUUUAAUUUGUUAGAACUGUUUUGUCCAGUUUAGAAAAGUAAUUAAUACCUACUAAUGCUAAGCCAAUAGUGGCCUGAAUUGACCUAAGUGUCCUAUUUUAUUUCUAUUCUUUUCAUCGUCAGAUUAUUUGUCAAUUCAAUAGACAUGAUUGCUUAUUUUAUAUUUAUAUUAUAUAAGAAUACCUUCAAAGAUAUUAGUAUAGUAUUAUAUUUAUUUGAUUUUACGCUACCUAGGUCCAACAGUAGAACUUAGUAGAAGACAUUUGAUUCAUGAGUUUUGUCUCUUCACAAAAUAUUCUAAUUUCUGUACUGACUAGUAUAGUAUAAGGCCUAGAAUACCAGUAUAUAAAAUAAACAAGGGGCCAUCCUGUUUAUAUAGUCAGAUAUAUGAACAAAAAAAUAAAUUUUGGAAGAGAGCAGAUUGAUUAUCAUUAAGAAAUUAUGAUAUUUUUUAUUGGAGGGGUAGGGGUUAUGUUGUCUAUUUGCAAGUGAAUGGCACAUAAAUCCUGGAAUUCUAAUGACUAAUGGUCAUAUAUUCUCAGACUGUCAGAAUUUCACAUAAUAAAGACACACAUUUAAACAGUUCUAUUACUUCUAUAUGAGCUAUGAAAUUUCUUUCUAUUGUUAAAUUUAUCAUAUUUGGGAUAUGUGAAAAUAUGGCAAGGUAAUAAAUAAAGCUUCUAAAGUUAACAUUUUCAUUGAAAUUGAAGCUGUUCAUUAUGCCUAAAUGACAUUUAUAUUGAGAGAAAUAUGUGAAGAAUUCAAGAUUUGUUCCAUCUUUACAAAUUCAGUGUUUAGUCCUAAGUGAUGUGUUAAUAAGUCUGGAAGUAUAAGUCAAUUGCAAUUAAUUUGCAUAUACUAGAAUGGAAAUAAAUUAAUUCUAAUCAAGAUUUUAAUGAUACUAUCAAUUAAAUUAUUGGCCACUGUGAACUCAUCAUUAGAUAAAUUGACAAAUUAAUCAAACAAGCUUUGGAAUUUAUUAUUCCUUUAUUUCAGAUCUGAAGGGAAGUCAUUUAAAACAACACUAAAGCAUGGACCCAGCACUUCUUAAAGAACGAGAAGCUUUCCUGAAGCGUGCUAAAGCCACGCCAACAGUUGAAAAAAGGAAAGCCAAACCUGGAAAUGACGGCAAUGAUAAGAAAUCCAAGAAGGCUAAGAUGAAACCUCCACCUCCUAAACCAACCAGUAAGCUCAUAGCUUUUUUUAAACAAAAUUUAUAUUUGUGUGGUGCUGAUAAAAAAAAUAAUCUUUAAGUUUUAAGUGAAAUGAUAGAAAUGGAAAAAAAACAGGGCAUAAAUAUAAAUUUCUUACAUUUUUUUAAUGUUUAUGCUAAGAGUUUAUUAAUGCAUAAUUUUUCAGACUCAAUAUUUCAUCCAAUAUGGAAGUACCUGUGCACUGUCUAUUUUAGCCAGAUGAGCAAUUACUUGCUGACUUUCAAGUCUGAUUGCAUUAUUACAGUAUUCUAAUAAUAGGAUAUCGGUUCUCCAGAUGUCUGGUUAUACAGACUCAUAUUUUAUAAUCAGGCAAUGCAAAAUGUUGUUUUUUACAAAAGGAAAAAAGCAUCCAAUUAAAUAUGAACAUAUCACAAUGAACUAGUUUCAGAGCGCUCUAUGUUCAAAGCUUUUAACACAAAACAAUUUUAAAUAUGUAUGUAUAUAUAUAUUUAAUAACAUAAAAACUGCUUUUAUUUCAUUACUUAGUAUGUCAAGGCUUAUCUAGAUUUUAAUAUACCUGACCUGUUUACAUUUAGGGUAAAUGAACUUCAUCUUUAUAUAAAACACAAAAAAAAGAAAUGGAAUUAUUACAUUUUUAAGGUAAUGCUACUUAAUGAAUAUGUUAAGUUUUGAUUUUUUAAGACUUACAAGAAAAAGAUUACCAUUAAUAAACUUUGUACGGCUCAUUCAAGCGAUUUGAUGUAAAAUAAAAUGGCUUACAGCAAAUAAUUUCCUUGUUAAUUUCAGACACUGUCGACUACAAAAUGUCUCAGGGAAGCUCUCAGUAUAAAUUUGGUAUUCUGGCCAAGAUUGUCAAAUACAUGAAGGUAUGAUUGUCACCUUCUGGCUCUAUUGUUAGUCCUGGUCGGAAUUCUUAGUGAAAUAUUAUUCUGCAUUCUCUUGAUUUUAAUGCUCACAAUCUUGUGGCUUUCCCCACUAUCGCUGUGUCAACAAAGAAUGUGCCAUCAAGUUGGGGUGCAUGACAAGCUUUAACAAAAAUAUUCCAGUUCAUUUAUAAAACACAAAACAUCUGAUAAUUAACAAAAGAAGGGAUAAAGGAUUUCAUCAUAUCAAAUAAGAAAUAUACACUGAAUUAUACUGGGGGAAAAAACAACUCACAAAUUUAUGCCGCAUAUGUUUUUUAAUAUUUUUUUGAAGAGUGUUAUUAUGUGUCUGAGGCAGAUAAAGAUGAAAAAUGUAUACACAAAAGGAUUAGUAAACGUUGUGGAAAAAUAUUAUUUGACUUUAAAAGAAACUUUUUUAACAACUAUGAAAAAACAAGCAGUUUUAAAAAAUGUACAGCAUAUUCUGAUAUAUUAGUCGUAAUAACCUGCCAUUCUGUUAGAAAACCAUGCAAAUCACAUUGACACUUUACAGGGAUUUACUUGUCAGGGAGGAAAUACCUAAUGUACUCUAAAUAAAAUUUACUUUUUUAAAUUUCAUUUAUUUUUUUAAAAAAUUGAUAUAUUUAAUGUUGUUUUAUUUCAUUAUAAUCACUUUUUCCAAAUUCAUAACUUGUCUUAGAUAAUUAUAUUUAUCAUCCCAAAUGUAGUUUGGAUGUGACAUAGUCAUAAAUAUAAACAAAAGCAACUUUGGUCUCAUAAAUCCUCCACUGUUAUGAUAAUGAAUCUAUGAUAUUAAUGACGUAAUGUUGCAAAAUUGUCAUUUUAGGGUCUGUUUUUUGUCCAAUUUGAUACCUCUGGCAACCAGUAAUUCAUACAUUUCUGACUAUGUCAACAUUUACUUCUGUAGUAAUCAAUUAAAUUUCAUACAAUUUCUUACAAAACUGCUCCAUAGCCCCCCAGCUGUCACCUGCAUAAACCCACUUUAAGAAACGCUUAGAUCCACACUGGUCGGGUGCAUUAAUUCUGCGUUAACCUUUUAUUUGACUGGUCUUUUUUAGUCCAGGCAUCAGUCAGGGAUCAACGACCCCUUGGUACUGGAGGAGAUAUUGGAUGAGACAAACCAGUUGGAUAUUACAAGCAAGAUGAGGCACUGGCUUGCCACUGAGGUACUUUUUGACUGCUCUCGUUUUUUACAAUGUUUAUUCUAGCUUUCUGCACUUUAUAAAUAUCAAGAGUAUACAAGUAUGCAGCUGAAAGUUGUUUACAUACAAUGUCCUUAAAUAAGUUAAGUUCUGUGAUAAAAACCUUUAGGAACACUGUUAUGUUUUCUAUGUUUUUAUUUCCAACAAUAAACAUUAACAUAACUAUACAUAAAUACAAGUUCUCAAUAAUGUUGACUUUUUGCUUGCGUCCGGAACACACUGUUCAAUAACACACACUUUGACUACAGUGUCUCUGCGCAUGCGCGCUGUUUGCCCUAGUUGGCUAUUAGGACGGUCCCGUCCGCUAGUCCAUUAUAACAAACACUUUGGAAGAGUAUUGUUGAGACCUUAUACCAGUAGUGAAAAAAUUAUAUUGCCGAUUAUACAGAAAUUAAUGUAAAUGGUGUUAACAGAAAAUUGUAAUUUGAACCCUUAUUUUUAAAAAAACCUUUAUAUUUAAAAAAAAAAAAUAGAAGUGAGUAGAAAUAAUAACACCUUUAUUUAUUUUAAGUUCUGAUUUUAAUUAUAAUGAAUGAAUUUAGGUCUCUUAAAUGAUAAAUUUUAUUCUUAUUCACAUAGUAAACUUGAAGUAUUUUACAUACCACGGUCUCAGAUAAACAUUUCUAUUCAUGUUAUGUGAUUCAUCUCACAGUCUCUGAUAAACAAUUAUAUUCAUGUCAUAUGAUACAUCUCACAGUCUCUGAUAAACACUAUCUAAUGAUUUUGUAUGAUGCAUCAUCCACAGUCUCUCAUAAACAAUCCGAAAAUCAUAGUUGUGAAUGAGGACGGUGUCAACAAGUUCUGUUUUAAGCCCAAGUUUGACAUCCAUGACAAGAAGAGUUUGAUCAAACUGUUAAAGUCCUAUGAUUUACACGGCAGAGGGGGCAUCCUCAUUGAUGACAUUGAAGAGAGCUUGCCAAAUAUGCAAAAAGUCUUAGAGGUGGGUAAUAUCUUGAAUGAAUGAAAUGGUAAGUUGAUUUUUAUUUUAUUUAGGAUGUGGUCAUGGCUGAUCGAAUUUGACAGAGACUUUUUUAUAAAUGGUACGAUUCUUAUAUCUAUUUUGUUCCAUAAGAAAUUAAAGUGUUCCCUGUUGGAUAGUAAGAUUUUCUUUCAUUUUUUUUUUUUCACGUUAUAUAUUUUAAAUAUUCAAGUCAAGCAAAGCAUCACAAAUUGUUUUGUCCUCUAAAUAAUUGUUAUUCUUCACAUUUUUGUUCCGGUGUCAAGAAAUAUUUCAGUCUUUUCGUUCAUGCUUUUCAUAACAAUAGAAAGUGAUGUAAAUUAAAAGAAACAAUUUGUAUUAUAGUUAUAGUUUUAAGUACAGUACUUGGAGUUUUUCCUUCUCGUCAUAAAUUUUUGCUUCAGAUUUCUCUAAUAAAUAAGGAAUAAAAGCAAACAAAGUUUAUUAAGAAAUUAAAAGUCACAUUGGAGUCUAAAUUCAGUCACUUAUUAUAGCAUAAAAGCAAUAACAGAUUUUGUUAUAAAGACCAUAUGGGAAAUGAGGCUUUUAUUCAAUGCACUAAAAAUAGAACCAUAAGUACUAUUCAUAAAAAGACAUACCGGUACUAAUAACGUUGCCUGUCAUAAAUUUUAUUUUUUUCAGAAACUUAAAGACCAUAUCAUUUCAGUGAAGCGACCACAGGACAAGAAAGAGGUUUUGUUCUACAACGAUCGUUACUGCAGGUUUAAAGUGGAUGAAGGUAAUUGUUCAGAUGUGUAUAAUGUACUUUUGACCACUGCAAUGAUUGUUACUGUGGGUUUAAAGUGGAUGUGGGUUAUUUGUAACUUGUGUGUAAAAUUAAUUUUUUUUUCAGAAUAAAAACACAAGGCAUUAGUAAUAUGACUUAAAUGAGUUAUGGUCCUGAAGUGAUAUUGUGUUAUUGUGUUAUCCUUCUGGCUGUCAAUCUGGCAAAUGUAUUGUUCUCCUUGUCCAUGAGAAAAAAGACAGUGAUAGUCCUCAAGCUAAAAGUCUAGCUCUUUAAACCGCCUGACUCUUUUACACUUACGAUAAUUGCUUUUAGAAGAAAGUAAGUUUUAAAAGGGGAAAAUAAUGUUGAUGGUGCAAUCCCCUUUUUAUUUUUUUUUUGUUGAAGCCAAUUAAAUAGCUCUUUCUUAAAUCAAUGAGAAUUCAUUCACUCAUAUCCUUAGCUCAAAUAAUGAGAUAACUUUUGUGAUUGUCAGAUACAGUUUGCCUAACAUAUUUUAUGCUUCAGCUUGAAAAUAUAUUGAAGAACAUGACUUAGACUACUCUGUGAUUAUUUAUUUAUGUUUAAAUGAUUUUAAAAAUAAAAAUGGAAUAAUCAAUUAGCCUUGUAAGCAUAUGUGAAUUUAAUAUUAAGCUACAUCUUUCAUUUACAUAUUUUUUUUGUUUAAUAAUUUAUUGUGAGACUCCAUUAGUGAUGGCAUGGGAGCCUUAAAUAGUUAUGGCAUGUGAGCCUUAAAUAGUGAUGGCAAAAAAAAUUAUUUUUACAAAACUUGUUGAAAAUAAUUGAUCCAAAAAGGGAAUAUUUACAUUGACUGACUUUGUCUCAAAUGUCUAGAAUUUCAGAAACUGUGGAGGAGUGUAGCUGUGGAGGGUCUGGAUGACCAGAAGGUUGAAGAGUACCUCAGCAAACAGGGCAUCACAUCAAUGGAGGCCUCAGGCUACAAGAAAGUGGUAAGUUGUGCGAUCAGUCUCCAGCAACCCACCGAUUGUCUGAAACCCACACGCUUCUGUAAAUGCUAACAUUUACCUCGUGUUAAUUCCUGGUCCGUUGUGCGGUAAUGGAGGUUUGGUGGAUAUGGCAAGAAUAUUCGAAGGCCUCACUAUGGUAUUUUCUUUCUUAGUCUGAACGAUAAGAAAAACCUGAUAAAAUCAUUUGAUAUUAUCAACAUUCCAGUAGGUCAUUCAAAAUAAAAAACAGAACAGGUCAAUAAUAAUAGUUUUUAAAAAAUUUCACUAUAAAUUUUGUUGGAUUCUUUUAAUCAAUGUAAAAAAAAAGAAAAGAAACAAGAGGUCACAAUUAUGGAUAAAUUCAUAACAAGCACAUAUCUAAUACACUAUGUUAGUUGUAGAUACAUUUCAUAUCUGUGAGGACUGUCCUUUAAUGGAAGAUGAAUUUUUAAAGACAAUUAGUUACCAUGUUGCCAGAAAUGUGUUAUCAAUUAGCUUGUAAAAAAACAAAAACAAUACAAUGGGCAUUUGCAGAUGACCCAUGUCCAUAUAGAAUUUAAAUAGUCUCCUCUCUAUAAAGGAUUGUAAUUAUGGGAUUUACAUGCUUAUCAGUUCAUUGAAAUCAUUAAUAAAAAAUCCAAAUAAGACAUUCUAACAUUACCACACUUAUGUUGGUCUAAUGCAAGUCAAUUUUAGUAUGUUCAGUCAUCUUUUCUUACAUAAUUAACAGCUUAGAUAGGAAAGUUUAGCUUUGGUAAUAUAAAUUCUUGCAAUUCUCUCAUCCGUCACCAGUCAUCCAUGCCGAGGCGGAAGAAAGGCAAGCAGAAGCCCAGGAGCUUUAAGAAACACAAUGACCAUUUGGAUGGGGUGCUGCAGGACUACACAGAGAACCCCCCUGGAAAGUAAUGAAAUGGAACACCUCUGGAUAUCUGUGAUUGGAUAAUACCCUGCCCCGGCUGCAACUCUUGAGAGGUCUGGGCUUACAGCACAUUCCCCUUCCUCGUCUUGUUCAGAAUCCCCUGAGCGUAACGGGCAGGAAUAAAUGUUAUUUUCCCUCACCUCGGAAGUAAGGGCACAUGAUCCUUCUGGUCUUUUGUCAUUCAACUCAGUCAGGCCUUAAUGAUGUCAUUCAUUUCCUCACAUACAGAUGCUAAAUGAAGGAAACCUUGUUGACGUGUUAAUGAUAGAAACAUCUGGGUUUACUGCUGUUGCUAUGGCAUGGUCUACUAUGUCACGAGGUUGCUUCACUGUGUUUCCGGCUUGGAGAGGUGAGACAAGUAUUAGAAGCAUAGGGGCUAACUCUGCAGACAUAGAGGGAGCUAUGAUGAAAACAUAAGAAGCAGUGUGGCGUGGGAAUGGUAGAUAUUUUGGUCAUAUGUGUUAAUUAUUGAGGCAUCAUGUAAUUACAUGUGUAUACUUGACAGACCAAACUAAAAACGAGAAUGAUAAAUGUUUUGCUGAUGAAGUUGGAGGAUAGAGGCAGGAAAGUCAUGUUUGUAGACAUCAGACACCAUUUUGUAACCAUUUUUUUUAAAUGAACCAUUGUAAGGUCUUAACAUCAUCAAUGGCUAUGUUGUUAUGAAACAUUUGUUGUAUGCAGUUUAUGUAUAAAUCUUUGACAUAACAUUUCCUAACAGUUAAGUGUUUUUUUGCUGAGCUUUUGUUUAUUUUUACUUUAAAGGUUUUCCAUGUGGAUAAUUUGCUAAGCUAAUAGCAGAUUUGUGAUAAAAUGAUAGGAAUUUCAUAAUGCUUGAGAAAUAAUGGAUGGAUCUUAGUGGUAUGAAUUAGCCUGUCACUAUUACUCUGAUAAAGAAUUUAACUGGUACACAUAUAAACAAAGCCAAAAAAAAUAAUAUUAGAAUAUUCUAUUCCAAGGUCAAGAGGUGUUGGGAAAACAAUUGCAAUCAUUCCCACAAUACAGAUAAGCUUUUAAAUUAUAUUUCAUCAGACAUGGUGGUGAUUGUGAGUUGGGGGGUCAAGGCCAAGUGAGGAGGGAAUAGAAAUUCAAUUCAAUAUUUUAAAAUUGAGAAGAUGUUUAAUUAUUAGAUAUGUUUAUUAGUUAUGCACACAAUGAUUUUGAAAUAUUUUUUUUCAAGUAGAGGUCCACCAAAAAUUUUGCAUAAAAAGGGUCAUAGUGAGGAGCCAAAUUUACUAUUGGGGCAGAGGUUCAUGUUAAAGGUAGGAUAGUAUUCUCUAAAAGAGUAGGGGCUUAUUUUUAAAUAUCUGUGAGGUCCAAAUUUUAAUUACAGAAUGUUCUUCUUGUAAAAAUUGAUAAUUCUAAUAAGGAUUCAAUGUCAUGGCAAAAUUUUCAAUUUUUUUGGUGCUGAUCACUUCACUUUAAUUGAUUAAAUAAACAAAUGCAGCUAAGAAAUGUGAGUAUUUAAGAGAACCCUUUAUAUAUCAUUGUAUGAUUAUGUCAGCUGUUUGACUUGAAUGGAAUGCUGCUAUAUUUGUAUUCAUGUUGUAAAUAAAAAUUACUCCACAGUCCUUUUCUUUCAUGCUUCUUUUUUACCUUAUCUAUAAAAGGUAUCACAUCAGACUGUAUUAUUGCAAAGAAUGGUGUGUCCAACAAUGUACAAUAAUUUUUUAAAAAUUCAGCUAUGGAAGAUGUUGAACAGAAAGUAAUGAUUUUUAUUGUGUAAGGGAUUUGAGACGCUAAAUAAUGAAAGCACUGAAAUUAACCCCAUUAAAAGGUUGUUUGAGAUUUAAAAAGAUUAAAAAUAAAGAAACAUACGAUACUAGUAAUACUACUUUUUGACAUUUUCUACAUCACUUUGAAAUGUGUCAUUUGUUAUAGUUUUUAGGACUGUGUUUAAAUGAGAGGACUAAAUUUGCAUUUCUGGAAUUAUUUGAUUUGCUUAGAUAUGAUUCCACUUUAAACUAGGCUUGUGGAAUCAUAC